AUGGAGCCCCUCUUUGACCCUUCCAUCUCCACUUCAUAUGUCAAUAUUUCCUGUAAAUCCAAUGUCUGCUCUCAGCUCACUCCAGUCACACACAAAAGACCUCGUUGCUCAACUGACAACUCUACGUCUAUAUACGACAUGCAAUAUGGAGACAAAUCAUUCUCUGUUGGAUUUUUCGGCAAAGAAAGGCUCACCUUAACUUCAACUGAGGUGUUCGAUGAGUUCCUCUCUGGAUGCGGCCAAAUCAACCAAGGCAACUUUGGGAGGCUCCGCCGGGUUUCUUGGACUUGGGCGCCACAACAUCUCCGUCCAACAAACUGCAAACAAGUAUGGCCGCAUUUUCUCUUAUUGUCUACCUCCACUUCAAGCUCCACCAGUUACCUUGGUUUCGGCAAACACCGCAGAGCUUUUAAGCACGUAAAGUUCAGGCCCCUCACCAUUGUCUCUCAAGACCCAUCUUUUUAUGGCCUCAACCUGGUCGGUAUCAGUGUUGGUGGACAUAAAUUGUGGAUUUCACCUUCGGUUUUCUUAUCUUCUGGGACCAUCAUUGACACGGGGACGGUCAUAACCGUCUUGCCUGCGGCGGCUUACAGUGCUUUGCGGGAUGUGCUUCGUCAAGCGAUGACAAAAUAUCCGUUAACUCAGGCGCUUUCGGUACUGGAUACAUGUUAUGAUCUUAGUAGUUAUGUGACAGUGAAGUAUCCACACAUAGCGUUUUACUUUCAGGGAGGGCUGAAGUUGAAGUUGGAUGCUACGGGUAUAUUUUACUCAUCCAGUGCUUCCCAGGUUUGCUUGGCCUUUGCUGGAAAUGAUGCUAAUAAUAAAUUUGCAGUACUUGGGAAUGUUCAGCAGAAGACGUUCGAGGUUGUGUAUGACGUUGCUGGGGGGAGGGUUGGAUUUGCCCGUGGAGGUUGCCUUUGA